AUGCGGCUCACCUGCGCUGCUGCCCUCCUCCUGGCCCUUGUCACCAACGCUAAAUUUGCACCCGCAUCCUCCACUGGGUCAAGUUCAAGAUCAUCUUCGACUCUGGCCUUCCAGGCUACGUCGUCCACCUCGAGCGUGCUGGGCAAUCCAGCCGCCUCCUCAACCGUACCAACACCUCCAGCAGAAAGCACCGGAUGUGUGCUUCAUGGCGACCACUACCAUUGCGAGGGACCCGUAGAAGAUUCGACCGCUUCUUCUACCGUACCAGGGGCUCCAUCUGAGAGUACUGGAUGUGUUCUUCAUGUCGAUCAUUACCAUUGCGAGGGGCCUGCCGAGGGCUACACUGCAACAGCGACAUCAGAAUCUACCUCGGUACCGUCGCCUACCGAGAGUCCCAAUUGCCUCUGGCGUAAGAUGAAACGCACUGGGACUGUUUUGAUAGUCAAGAAGAGCUCGAAGCUGCCCAGUCAUCAGAGGACAGCGGGGAAUGCAUCAUUCACGGCAACCGGUCAUGCUCACGGAGACUGUUCAGCCCGAAAUCUAGCAUGUGGCGCCGUCAUCCUCGACAACUACAACAUGGGACUCCAUAUCGCAGCCUUAUUCAUCAUUUUGGUCACAUCCGGACUGGGGGUACUGGUUCCCUUGAUAUCCAAGUGGCUCAAAAAAGUGCGGCUUUCGGGCGCACGUCAUUUCGGGACGGGUAUCAUCAUCUCCACCGCAUUUAUCCACCUUCUUUGCCAUGGCUUUGUGAUGUUUGCCAACGAGUGUAUCGGCGAGCUUGCCUACGAGUCUACAGCCCCGGCUAUCGCUAUGGCAGCCGCCUUCAUCACAUUCUCGGUGAUCUUCUUGGUACUCGAUACGCUCAGAAAGAGGGACAGUGCUCUUGCCAUCGAAGAAGGUAUGGAGCACAAACUGCCUCCUUCUCCAGAUGCUCAACAUGAGCAUGAGCAUAAGCACGGCGACGCCUGUGGUAACCGCUUUGAUGCAGCGUUUAAAGCGGAGCAAACUCAUCAGGUACUCUUGUUGGAAGCUGGUGUCAUCUUCCAUAGUAUCAUGAUUGGAGUAACCUUGGGUGCCGGAGGCGGUAAUGGGUGGACCACCCUUUUUAUUGUCAUCAUUUUCCAUCAAAUGUUCGAGGGCCUGGCACUUGGAGCUCGCAUAGCUCUUCUGGAUUGGAUGUCUAGAACCCGUGCCAUCAUCAUGGGACUUGCCUUCACCUUUAUCACCCCUAUCGGCAUUGCUAUCGGUAUCGGAGUCCGCAAGUCGUUUUCCCAGAAUGGCAAAGCUUCUCUCCUCUCUGUUGGGAUCCUCAACUCGAUCUCUGCAGGUAUACUGCUCUAUACGGCUUUCAAACUUUUGUCCACCGACUUUACAGGCGGGACGCUGAGGGAUGCAAAGGCUUCCAAGAUCAUGGUGGCACUUGUUGCUCUGACAGCCGGUCUGAUUGCUAUGAGUGUACUCGGGAAAUGGGCGUAA